CCCCACCCCCACCCCCACCUUUGUCCUGGCUGCGCCACGCGCUGCCCCUACAGGAAGCUCUUUUUCCCGGAAGAGCUGGUGCUUCUCAGCAGCCUGUGACUAUAGCCCUGGCCCCACCUGGCAACAGCGGCUCCUCAUAGCGGCUCCCUGGCUGUUUGGGGCUUUAGAGGACUGGACAGAUUGGGGCCACUGAACCCCAGCCCCUCUCUCCACCCGCUGCUCCGAAUUUCCCAGAAGUGUCCCACUGUCCUGCUUCUGCAACGUCCCAGGCAAUGCCACGUGGAUGGGGACCCCAGACCCAGCCCUCAAGUUACCCCUGAGCGCGAGUGUCCCAUAUCCUGGGUGACAUCAGUGCCCCGCGUCCUGGGUGACAUCAGUGGCCACCCAGACGACCCUCCACAACCGAGGCCCCUGUGGACCUCCUUUCUGGUCACCAUCUUGGACCCAGAACAGUCCCGGUUCAACAGAACACCCUCCAAUCCCUAAAAAUCCGCUCAGUCCCUCCACACUGGAGUGUGUACCGCUUCCCGCAGGGAGAACUCUUGGGUUCUCCGCGGCUCAGUGCUGUGAAGACAGUGGACUGAGUUCCCUCUCCACCCAGGGGUCACUGCUUCCUCAGCACCCCUGGGUGAUGAGUGGGAGGGCCACCUCAUUCACCUCCCACUCCUCCCCGAAUUCAGGACCUACAUCAGUGCCUCUGGAACUGCACUUCUGGAAUCUUCCACAUCAGAAUCCCCUAGGGAACUUAAAAAUGCAGAUCCCAUGCCCUCACCCUGAAUCACUUGGGGGUCGGGGCCAGGAGUCUGCGCUCGAGUAAGCUUGGGGGGGCAGCCCUGAUGGGCGAGGGGGCCGGGACGACAGCUGUCAUCUCUGUCUUGUGGUUUUUCUGUGUCUCUGAAGUGUUCUCCCUCCCAGGGACCAACCUGAGCACAUUCUCUGCAGAAUCAGGUCGAUGGCCUUGCUCGAGUAGGAUCUAUCCCCUUUGGGUGGAGCCGCUUAGGGGCCACUUCCUGGGUUGCCGUCCGCCCACAGUGCUGCCUGGGGCUGAGGCUGCGGGCCGCUGUCCCAGCGUGCAGGGCCCUCCCUCGGUCAGGACAAGCUGACCAGUCGGAGGGCAACAGCCAGGUGUCUUCAGCCAACCCGUGACCUGAGAAUUCCAAGCCACCAGAAAACCCGAAACCCGGGCCUCUGUCAGGAUCCUUUCAAAACACAUGGAGGAGGAAACUUAUAUUUUAAAAGCUUAUGAGCCCCACACAGGAGGACAAUGCAGGUGACCCGAGAGAAAGCCCUUUGUUUCUCCUGAGCACAGAUGGCUCCGGGGCCACAGCCCCCAGAGCCCUGCGCCACCAUGUGGUCCUCCAAGAGCCGUGGACGUUCCGCGUGUGGCAGGGACUGCCCCGUGACCAGGGAGCCGGCACCAGGUUUGGUGGAGACCCGUGAUGCCGUGUCCGGGCCACCCUGCGCUUCUGUGGGGCAAGUCGAGGGUCCGGGCAGGGGAGGUGGGUCUGCAGAGCCAGCUGUCAAGAGCUGCAUACCUGUCACCGCCCUCGAGAGCGCCGUCCCCGCCAGCCAGUCCCUUGGCCAGCCCGUCAGCCGGGACAGAGAGGGACAGGUGGGCAGAAAUCCUAUUGAAUUUAUGAGGCACCAAAUGCACCAGCUGGUGGACAUCUUCUGUGACAGGACCCAACACCAAUCCCGAGGAGCACAGGUGGGUCGCCGUGGCCCCCACUCCCAUGCACUCUGCAGUUGGGGUCGGGUGGGUGGUUUCACAAUGACCACGAUGACGGUGAGGGUGAUGGAGAUGCUACCUCGGGUCUGCUCACUCCUUACACCUGGGCACCUGCUGGCACACUCUCCUCGUUCACACCCGCGUGCAGGUGAGGGCACAGGUGAGAAAUGCAGAGGCCCAGGGAGGCUUAGGAAGGUGAUCAAGCCACUGCGCAUAUUGAUGACAGAGCGGGGAUGCCAGAUACCUGGUCCCCAGGCCCCUGGGCUGGACCCAGUGAUGGGGGCCUGGGGAGCAGAGAACAGGUGGGGACUUGGGGGAGAAGACUGCGGGCGGGAGAGGCUGGGAGGAUUUUAAACCAAGUGAUUUCCGCCCCC